AUGGCAGAAUAUGAAGCGGCCGAAAAAACUGCUGAACUCUUCGCGAUACCGCCCCCAAUCUCAGCCUCGGUACGGAGCCGCCAGGCCGGGACAGAGACGGAGCGAGAGGCGUCGGCUAUGGACGCCCUGGGACCUGGGCCGCCCACCCCGCCCUCUCUGUUCCAGCCUCCGCGGCGUCCCGGCCUCGGCACGGUGGGGAAACCCAUCCGGCUCCUCGCCAACCACUUCCAGGUUCAGAUCCCCAAGAUCGACGUUUACCACUAUGACAUCGACAUCAAGCCCGAGAAGAGACCGCGCAGGGUCAACCGGGAAGUGGUGGACACAAUGGUGCGACACUUUAAGAUGCAGAUCUUUGGAGAUCGACAACCAGGAUACGACGGGAAGAGGAACAUGUAUACAGCUCAUCCCCUGCCCAUCGGGAGAGACCGGGUAAGACCAGAGGGGGCGGUGGUCCUCUUGAGGGGGCGGUGGUCCUCUUGA